AUGGGAUAUCGCUAUGAAUCUCGAUCAGAUGCCAUUGGGCAUCAUCUCAAUGGCUUGGAAAAAGAAACCAAUUGUGAGAUAAGUUUAGAUGAAGUCAAACAUCGUGAAGAUAAUACUACAUCAUCUCACGACAAAGGUACCACCAGUUUUAACUAUGAUGAAAAUAUUGAAGAACCAAAGGUUGGCAUGACUUUUGACACUAUUGAAGAGCUUGCUACUUUUUAUGCAAAUUAUGGGGAAAAAAAAGGAUUUGGAGUGUAUAAAAGGUCUUCGAGAAAGUCCUACACUGAUGAUGAGAAAAAGUAUGCGACUGUUUCAUGUAAUCCAGCAGGGAAGUCAAUUUCCAAAUCAAAAAAUAUUUUGAACCCUCGACCCGUUUCUAAAACAAAUUGUCCAGCAAAAGUUAAUGCAGUUCUUGGACAUGAUAAAAAGUGGAAUGUGUCAAAAGUUGAGCUCAAACACAAUCAUCCGUUUAGUCCAAGCAAAGGACGUUUUUAUCGGUGCCAUAGGUUCGUGAAUCGAAAUGUCAAAAGACGACUUGAAAUCUAUCAAAGAGCUAGAGUAAGAAUGAAUAAGGGUUUUAAUACCUUUGUCGUGGAGAAUGGGGGGUAUGAAAAUGUACCAUUUACGGAAAAGGAUUGUCGUAACUACAUUGAUAAAGUGAAGCGAUUAAAGUUUGGAGAAGGUGAUGCUGAAGCAAUUCAAAGUUAUUUCACGAAGGUUCAAUCUUCAGAUCGGAAUUUUUUUUACACAUGGAAAUUAGACGACGAAAAUCGAUUAAAGAGUUUGUUUUGGGCGGAUGCGCGAUGUAGGGCAGCUUAUGAGGAAUUUGGGGAUGUUGUCACAUUCGAUACUACGUAUCUUACAAAUGAGUAUGAGAUGCCAAUGGCUCCAUUUGUAGGAGUAAAUCAUCAUGGACAAUCAAUAUUGCUUGGUUGUGGAUUGAUUUCAAAUGAAGAUAAUGAGACAUUCACAUGGCUAUUCCAGUCAUGGCUUGCAUGUAUGUCUGGGCAUCCUCCUAAAGCCAUUAUCACAGAUCAGGACCAAGCUAUGAAGAACGCAAUACAGAAUGUGUUUCCUGAUGCACGUCAUAGGUGA